AUGGAGACUCUCUCCCCAGGCUACUGGCAAGAGCAGAAUUUGGAGCUGGGGACUCUGGCUCCACUCGAAGAGGCCAUGAGCUCCACAGUCUGGAGCAGCCCUGACAUGCUGGCCAGUCAAGACAGUCAGCCCUGGACAUCUGAUGAGACAGUGGUGGCUGGUGGCACCGUGGUGCUCAAGUGCCAAGUCAAAGAUCAUGAGGAUUCAUCCCUGCAGUGGUCUAACCCUGCCCAGCAGACUCUCUACUUUGGGGAGAAGAGAGCCCUUCGGGAUAAUCGGAUUCAGCUGGUUAGAUCUACGCCCCAUGAGCUCAGCAUCAGCAUCAGCAACGUGGCCCUGGCAGACGAGGGUGAAUACACUUGCUCCAUCUUCACUAUGCCCGUGAGAACUGCCAAGUCCCUCGUCACCGUGCUCGGAAUCCCACAAAAGCCCAUAAUCACUGGCUACAAGUCAUCGUUACGGGAAAAGGAUACAACUACCCUAAACUGUCAGUCUUCUGGGAGCAAACCUGCAGCCCAGCUCACCUGGAGGAAGGGUGACCAAGAGCUUCAUGGGGAACCAACCCGAAUACAGGAAGAUCCCAAUGGCAAAACCUUCACCGUGAGCAGCUCAGUCACCUUCCAGGUCACCCGGGAGGAUGAUGGCGCAGACAUUGUGUGCUCUGUGAACCAUGAAUCUCUAAAGGGAGCUGACAGAUCCACUGCUCAACGCAUUGAAGUUUUAUACACACCAACAGCGAAGAUUAGGCCAGACCCUCUGCAUCCCCGCGAGGGCCAGAAGCUGUUGCUCCACUGCGAGGGGCGUGGCAAUCCCGCCCCCCAGCAGUACCUAUGGGAGAAGGAGGGCAGUGUGCCGCCGCUAAAGAUGACCCAGGAGAGCGCCCUGAUCUUCCCCUUCCUCAACAAGAGUGACAGCGGCACCUAUGGCUGCACAGCCACCAGCAACAUGGGCAGCUACAAGGCUUACUACACUCUCAAUGUGAACGAUCCCAGUCCGGUGCCCUCAUCCUCCAGCACCUACCACGCCAUCAUUGGUGGGAUCGUAGCUUUCAUCGUCUUCCUGCUGCUCGUCCUGCUUAUCUUCCUUGGCCACUACUUGAUCCGGCACAAAGGAACCUACCUGACACACGAGGCGAAAGGCUCUGACGACGCCCCAGAUGCGGACACAGCCAUCAUCAACGCAGAAGGCGGGCAGUCGGGCGGGGACGACAAGAAGGAAUAUUUCAUCUAG